AUGCCAAUCAUCGAUUUACUCCAAACCUUUACUUCAAAACAAACACAAAUAUUCUCAGCAUUUCUCAACUCGUACAGUGAGCUAAGACAGAUGAAGAAUGUUAAUAAAAAUCUCACUCUUAUGGCCCAGUGUAUGCUGAAUGAAUACAAUCAAGGGUUUUCAAAGUGUUUAAAUCACUAUUUGACUAAUGAAAUUGACAAGCUAGUUCUACAACUCCAUCAGCAGGUUGAUUUAGAACCAUUUUACUGUUCCCUCAUUCCAUUGUGUACUGAAGAAUACCUUCAAUCUGAUUUUUUCAGGUCUGUUUGGAAAUACGGCAAUUUUUAUAACCUUGCCAAGCUUUAUGCAGAGAAGUGCGUGGCUUUGAAAAUUUUUAACUAUGAGUUUGGAGCUUGGGUUAUUGAAAACUUCGUUUUAAUGAAGGAGUCUGUGGUUAUACUUUGUGAAUCAGUGGACUAUCUGAAAUUGUUUAGGGAUAUUGGAUUGGACUUUAUACUGAUUAACAGAAUUAACUCCCUUAUUAAAAAUGCUGAUGAAAGUGGAAUAGACCUUUUGGAUUUUCUAGUGUACUAUGCUGAUAAGACUAGCUUCGACCUUCUUGAAAGUAUUGAAAUUAAGCUUGAAGGCACAAGUAAAGCUUGUAAAAACAGCAAGUCCAAAGAUGACGACUUGGCACGUAAUUCUUUAAUUUACAACAUAAAACCAUUUGAAUACAAAGCAACAGAAAAAGAGUGUAUAAAAAUGGACACUCCAGUCUCGUCUGACACGUUUCCAAAUCCCCAAUCAGAAUCGGAGUUUUCAGCCACGUCCUUUCUUUUCAUGAUUUAUAAAAGAAUUAAGUCCGUUGUAAUCAGACAAAAGGUAAUUGUGGAAGCAACCAAUUUAGUCAAAAACAGUCUGAUUGACUCAAAAAUAAUGAUUGAUUUGCUGUUAGAAUUUAUAAAAAUUGACUAUUGCUCAGUUUUUGGAAUGCUAAAUGAAUUUCAAGAGAGUGUUUGGGAGCCUUAUCAAAUUGUUGAAAUAAUGACAGGUACUGAUAUCUCAAAAAGCAUUGGUGAUAUUGAUAAGCUUAAUAAUUUUGGAAAUGUCAACAUAUCAGAUGAUUUUUCUUACACACAACCGAAUAAUGAUGAUGUUUAUGCAGAGAACGAGUCUUUAAGUAAUAUUUCUAAUAUUACGCAAUGCUCAUCCAAUUCACUUACUGAAAACAAGGAAAAGCAACCCAUUCAUGCCUUCAAUGUAAAAGAUGCCUUUGGAAUUUCCUCGAUUGAUCCAUUAAUUAUUACCUUUGGUGACGUUGAUUCUGUCAAAGGUGGUAGUUCUAAUAGAUUUUUCACUCAUAUUUUACCGACGCUCAAAAGUGUUUUAAAUGAUGAAAGCCUUAUCAGCAUUGCUCUAAAAUCCAAGUUUACAAAGCUAAAGUACCUAAAAAACUCUGUGUUAUUCUCUGUUCUUAAAGAUAAAGCAGCAGAUGUGCGAGUCUUUGCUUUAAUGCUAUUCUUCAACGAAGCUUUAAUACUCAAUCAUUUUGAAGAGAUAAUCGCAAAAAUUGAGAAAAAGAACGAAUUUAUCAAACUUGUUCUGAGUAAAAUCAUGCAUGACGAAGUAGCAAAGUAA